UCUCAGGUCGAAACUAACCGCGACACAAGUGGCAGCUUUUGCAACAGGGGGUUUUUAAGGAUAUUACAAUCUUCCUAAGCAUGCCGAGCCCUGCUUGCUGCUCGUAAAUCCGCCUCAGUUCUGCUCCGCACCGCCACAUGCCUCACGGCGGAUGAAAGCGCGCGGCACGGCGCGGUGCUACAAGAGACAGCGGACAAUGAAUCAAACGCGAGUUUUGUAACGCAUCCGGACGACUUUUCCUAUCGUUUUUUUUUUCUAUUCUAAAGACCGCUUGACGAAACAAUCGCUCCUCUCGGCGCUUCAUCACCACAGUUUCACUCAUGGCUCUGUGAAAUCUCCGCGUACUGUACUUCUUCCAGCCACCCGUCGUCGGGACUUUUCUCUAAGGCUGCACUUGAUGACAAUGCCGAGAGUUUGGAUAUACGGCUUUAACAGUACAGUACAGUAGAUGUGUGUAACUCGAGGCGGGGUUAAAGUUCAGCUCUAUGGAGCGCUGAAGCGUCGCGCGCACUUCGCAGAGUUGGAAAUGUGAAAGCAAGAAGCGAGGCUUUAUUUUCCCUCUCUCCCUUCUUCUCUGUCUCUCUUUUUUUUCUCUUUUCAUACACACAUAUACAUACACACCCCAUACAUUCACACAUACACACCCUCACGCACACACACACAACAUAUACAUCGUCAAUUCAAGAGUUAAAACCGACAGAUAUGUAUUCUCCGCUAUGCCUAACACAGGAUGAAUUCCAUCCUUUCAUUGAAGCACUGCUGCCCCAUGUGAGAGCGUUUGCCUACACUUGGUUCAACUUGCAGGCCCGCAAGAGAAAAUACUUUAAGAAGCACGAGAAGCGCAUGUCUAAGGAAGAGGAGCGCGCCGUAAAGGACGAGCUGCUCAGCGAGAAGCCGGAGGUCAAGCAGAAGUGGGCAUCGCGGCUGCUGGCCAAACUCCGCAAGGACAUCCGGCCGGAGUUCCGCGAGGAUUUUGUGCUCACUGUCACCGGGAAGAAGCCCCCAUGCUGUGUGCUCUCCAACCCCGACCAGAAGGGCAAGAUGAGGAGAAUCGACUGCCUGCGUCAGGCGGACAAAGUGUGGCGCUUGGACCUGGUCAUGGUGAUUUUAUUCAAAGGUAUUCCGCUUGAAAGUACUGACGGCGAAAGGCUGGUUAAGUCUCCGCAGUGCUCGAAUCCGGGACUGUGUGUGCAGCCGCAUCACAUAGGAGUUUCCGUAAAGGAGCUUGACCUGUACUUGGCCUACUUCGUGCAUGCAGAAGCGGGGCAGUCUGAUAGUCCGAACCAGCCCAGUGAAGGCGACAUCAAGGACCAGCCAGAAAAUGGGCACCUUGGCUUCCAGGACAGUUUCGUCACAUCAGGUGUCUUCACCGUCUCUGAGCUUGUGCGAGUCUCACAGACCCCCAUCGCGGCAGGGACAGGGCCCAACUUUUCGUUGGCAGACUUGGACAGCUCUUCCUACUACAGUAUGAGCCCUGGGGCCAUGAGGCGCCCCCUACCCAGCACUUCUUCAAGCAGUUCUGCAAAGCGUAUCAAAUGCAUGGAGGAUGAGGUGGACAGCCCGGGAGAGGAGUCCUACUACCCAGGUCAGGGACGCUCGCCUGGAAGCGGCAGCCAAGCCAGCAGCUGGCAUGAAGUAGAGCCAGCUGGAUAUAAACUGCGUGGCUCGCUAGCUAGUUCGUUCAUCUCAAGACAAGGGAUGCCAUCGCCUACCACAUUAAAGAAGUCAGAGAAGUCUGGUUUCAGCAGCCCUGUGCCUUCGCAGAUUGCUUCCCCUCGAACGGCAUUCUCACACCAUCAUCGACCUGUCAUUACAGGACCCAGAGCGAGUCCUCACGCCACGCCGUCAAGUCUUCAUUUCCCGACGUCGCCAAUCAUCCAGCAGCCUGGUUCGUACUUCUCCCACCACGCCAUCCGCUACCACCCCCAGGAGACGCUCAAGGAGUUUGUCCAACUUGUCUGCCCUGACAGUGGUCAGCAAGCUGGACAGGUGGGCUUCCUUAAUCCCAACGGGAGCAGUCAAGGGAAGGUGCACAACCCGUUCCUGCCCACCCCCAUGUUGCCGCCUCCUCCGCCUCCCCCGAUGGCGCGACCCGUGCCCCUGCCCGUGCCAGACUCCAAACCUCCCUCCACCUCCACCGAGGGAGGCGGCAACUCCCCCACCUCGCCAACCUACUCCACACCUAGCACGUCUCCCGCUCAGCGCUUUGUCAGCGUGGGCCCCAGAGAUCCCAGCUUUGUAAAUAUCCCUCAGCAGCCUCAGCUGCGUUCGUUCUGGUUCUGAAAGGCCGGCCGUGUUGCAAAUUGGUACCUGGGCUAAAGACUCCCGACACGGACCGGCCGCUCCCGAGGUCACACGACCACCCCCUCUGUCUCCCCUGAGUACGACCCGCAAACAUGUACACCAGUCUGAACAGAGAGAAGCCACUUGCUGCCCCAGUACCGGACAGACCCACAGCAUGGCUCCAGCAGAACCCCGCCAAGCCCUGGAACAAGAGGAACCGACUCAAUGCGCUUACACCCACUUACUAUAUAUCUAUAUAGUCCAUAUGUAUUCUUCCAUAUGUAUGGUUUACAUGCCUAUAUUCAUAUAUAGUAGCUGUCCAGCUCUUCUGAGGGUGGAGCUCAAAAAAAAAAAAAAAUGAAGAGCUUUGUUUUCUCGGAAACGUGCACGUUUUUUUUUUCCUUUAGUUUGGUUUUCUUGUGUUUUUUGUUCACCCUCACAAAUAGACGAGGAAAACGUAACAUGACGCACUCAAAGAGCUUCCCGCUUCUGUGCCUGUGGUCUUAAAGUGAAUUUCUAAGGCUUUUCCAACACAGCCUAUGGCCAAGGGUCGCAAACCCACAACCACCCGGAGGUCGGAGCUCUGCCUUUCAAUAACUCGUGUUUUGAUGGAUCAAUCCGGUUUUCGUAUCAGUGAACGUUGGAGGUUUUGCCUGGGUCAGAUAUGCCACCAGCUAAAAACCUCUAUUGCGUCUGCUGGCCAGGACCAUUUCCUCCCCUUUCCACCAUCAUCACCACCACCAUCAAUACCAUGUCAGAUCAAGAACUUUCAAGGACUCAACCAAACCCAUUGUUUUCAGUUGUUUUUUGUCAAUUUGGGGCAGGCGAUGAAGAAGUCAUGAACGGUGAUGUUUGAUACCAGGUCAUUUUACGGUAUGCUAAUGGGAGAUCUCCCUCCCCACUUGGAGGCAUGUUUAUAUUUUGUGUUUUUCGUACAAAAAUCUUUGCAAUUCUUUCUACUAAACCCCAGCGGAAGGUCUGUCGCACGCCAAGGGCCAAGUGAAGUUUCGAUCUUCCAUAAACUUCAAGAAAAGGUUAACCGUGAAUACUGAAUUGAGGAAAGUGCAAUUUUGUUGGGUAGAUGUUGGAUUGUUAAAUAUCUUUGUAAGAUAGAUCGUUGAAGCGAUUGUUGAAAAGUAUAUAUAUAAAUAUAUAUAUAUUUUUCUUCCUAGUCCAUUCACACCUCCAGGACUCUAAAAUAUCGGGGUACAAAAAAAGGAAGAAAAAAAAAACACGUAAAAAUAGAACAAAUAGCCUUGUGAGAAAUAAGGGGAGCUGUAAUUGAUUUUUCUGUUGUUGUUUUUAUGUGUUAGUUUGUUUGUUCAUCGAUUGUUAGCAUUGUAGAACAAAUAUCCCUUUAAGAAAUAUCAACAUUUAAACAAUCAAUUUAGUACAUUUCCGAAAUGCUAAAGCAAAUGUUUUAAUUUAACCGAACACAUAAUGAAAU